AUGCCACAGGUGCUGCAACACCUGGAGCAGCUGGAGCGCAUCGAGGCGGCGGCGGGGGAGCUGGCGGCGGCGCGCGGCGGCAGGCCUGCUGCCAAGCCCUCGCCGGCCCCCAGGCGCCCGCACACGGUCAGCUGGGUGGAUCACGGCGCCUCGGCCGCGGCCUCCCUGAUGGAGGCGGUGCUGUCGGGGGGCGAGGAGGCAGCCAGCGAGGAGGAGGCGCUGGCGGCGCUGGCGGCGCUGCCGCCACGCACGCUCACAGAGGCGCAGCAGGCGGCGCUGGUGAUGCAGGCCUGGGACAGCGCGGCGCACACCAAGCCCGCUCACUUUGACGCCGACGCGGCGCUGGCGGUGCCAGGGCUGGCUGAGGUGGCGGUGGUGUCGCGCGGCGGCUGGCAGCGGCACAGCUGGAAGGGCUGCAACCAGGACUCUUUCCUGGCGCUGCCGCUGGCGGGCGGCGCGGCGGCGUGCCAGGGCUGCUCCGACGCGCCCGCCUGCUGCUCCCCCGCGGUGGCCGUCGGCGUGUUUGACGGGCACGGCCGGGCGGGGGCCGCCGCCUCGGCCCACCUGCGCAACGCCCUCGCCUCUGGCCUGCUCAUGCACAGCCAGCUGGCGCUGAUGGCGCAGCCCGCCUGCCAGCCGCGCGAAGGCGGCCAGGACGGCGGCCAGCGCGGCGGCCAGGGCGGCCAGGGCAGCGGCAGCCACGGCCCGGGCGCCGCCGCCGCCGCCGCUGCGCAGCAGGAGGAGGCAGCGCAGCUUCUGGAGCGCUGCUUUGCGGCCGCCGCCUCCACCAUGCCCUCCACAGGCGCCGACUUCUCCCUCUCCGGCUCCACCGCCGUCAUGUGCCUGCUGCAGCCCGGCAGCGUGACGGCAGCGUGGGCGGGCGACUCCCGCGCCGUGCUGGGCCUCUGCCAGGGCGGCCGCUACAUCGCCUGCGCGCUCACGCACGACCACCGCCCCUGCUCCCCGCUGGAGCGGGCGCGCAUCGAGGCGGCGGGCGGCUGGGUGAUGCAGACGAUGCUGGACGAGGAGGGGCGGGCGGCGGGACCGUACCGCGUGUACCUGCGCGACACCCACAUCCCGGGCCUGGCCGUGUCGCGCUGCUUCGGAGACUAUGUGGCUGCGGGCGCAGGCGUCACCAGCACGCCCGAUGUGACCACCCUUGUUCUUCCCAUGCCCGAGCCCGCGGCUGCAGCCAGCGCGCAGCAGCAGCAGCAGCAGCAGCAGCAGCAGCAGGGCCGCAGCAGGAGCCGGCGCCGGCCGCGGAGCAAGGCGGCGGCCGUCGUGGCGGCCGCGGCGGCUGCGGCGCACAUCCUCAUCGUCGCCAGCGACGGGCUGUGGGAGUUUGUGGGCAGCGCAGAGGCGGUGCGUAUCGCCAGCCGGUGCGCCACCGCGGCGGCGGCGGCCGAGGCGCUGGCUCAGGAGGCCAGGGCGCACUGGGCGGCCAAGCUGGGGGGCGCGCAAUGCGACGACAUCACCGUCGCCGUCGCCUUCCUGCCGGCUGCGGCGGCCGCGGGCGCGCCGGCGGGCCGGUGA